CUGCAAUUAGACCAGGCGCGCCCCCGAUUCCCCAGGCAGGCGGCGGCGCGCCAGUUCCCACGCCUCUGAGGCUGUGGCGCGUUCCCGCUGCGCGCAGUCUCUGUGGCGGUCGGGUGUUUGCAGCGGCGCCCCGAGCUGGAUUGCUGGCCUUGUGGGUCGCAGGGAAAGUUCGCUGUCCGGGAAGGAAGCGCAGGAAUAAGGCGCACGGAUAACCUCGCAUCACUCAGCCGGAAGGCCCGAGGAGAAGGAGGCGGCCGGGCCCUCGGUCCCUGAAUCCCUACCGGGGAAUGAGCGGCUCUCGCAAUAACCGGGUCAUGAUGGAAGGAGUGGGGGCCAGGGUGUCACGGGGCCCGGACUGGAAGUGGGGGAAGCAGGAUGGCGGAGAGGGCCAUGUGGGCACCGUACGCAGCUUCGAGAGCCCGGAGGAGGUGGUGGUGGUCUGGGACAAUGGCACUGCUGCCAACUAUCGCUGCUCCGGGGCCUACGACCUGAGAGUGCUGGACAGUGCGCCCACCGGUGUCAAACACGAUGGGACAAUGUGUGAUACAUGUAGACAGCAGCCGAUUAUUGGAAUCCGAUGGAAGUGCGCCGAGUGCACAAACUAUGAUCUUUGCACUUUGUGUUACCAUGGAGACAAGCAUCAUCUGAGGCAUCGAUUUUAUCGAAUUACUACACCAGGAAGUGAACGUGUGCUUUUGGAAUCGCGGCGCAAGUCGAAGAAGAUAACAGCAAGGGGAAUUUUUGCUGGUGCUAGAGUUGUGCGUGGAGUAGACUGGCAGUGGGAAGACCAAGAUGGUGGCAACGGGAGGAGAGGCAAGGUGACAGAGAUACAGGACUGGAGUGCAUCAAGCCCACACAGUGCUGCUUAUGUUCUCUGGGACAAUGGUGCUAAAAACCUCUACAGAGUUGGCUUUGAAGGCAUGUCUGAUCUGAAAUGUGUGCAAGAUGCCAAAGGAGGAUCAUUUUAUAGAGACCACUGUCCUGUGCUGGGUGAGCAAAAUGGUAAUCGCAAUCCAGGUGGUCUGAUGAUUGGUGAUCUUGUGAAUAUUGAUCUAGAACUUGAAAUUGUUCAGUCGUUGCAACAUGGUCAUGGGGGCUGGACUGAUGGCAUGUUUGAAACACUUACAACUACAGGCACUGUCUGUGGCAUUGAUGAAGAUCAUGAUAUUGUAGUACAGUACCCAAGUGGAAAUAGGUGGACAUUUAAUCCAGCUGUUCUCACCAAAGCAAAUGUUGUUCGAAGUGGUGAUUCUGCACAAGGAGCUGAAGGAGGAUCCUCGCAGUUUCAAGUGGGGGAUCUAGUACAAAUUUGUUAUGAUCUAGAGAGAAUAAAGCUUCUUCAGAGAGGUCAUGGAGAAUGGGCUGAAGCCAUGCUUCCUACCCUGGGAAAAGUUGGAAGAGUUCAGCAGAUCUAUUCAGACAGUGACCUAAAGGUAGAAGUUUGUGGAACUUCCUGGACAUACAACCCAAUUGCAGUUUCUAAAGUGGCCUCUGUUGGAUCAGCAAUAAGUAGUGCAACAGGCGAGAGAUUAUCCCAACUCUUGAAAAAAUUGUUUGAAACACAAGAAUCUGGUGAUCUUAAUGAAGAGCUUGUGAAAGCUGCUGCAAAUGGCGAUGUCGCUAAAGUGGAGGACUUGCUGAAGAAGCCAGAUGUUGAUGUAAAUGGUCAGUGUGCUGGACACACGGCCUUACAAGCUGCAAGCCAGAAUGGACAUGUAGACAUUUUGAAGUUACUUCUCAAGCAUAAUGUUGAUGUGGAAGCUGAGGAUAAAGAUGGCGACCGUGCGGUUCAUCAUGCAGCAUUUGGAGACGAAGGUUCUGUGAUUGAGGUGCUACAUAGAGGUGGUGCAGAUUUAAAUGCACGUAACAAGCGCAGGCAGACACCGCUACACAUUGCUGUUAAUAAAGGCCACUUGCAAGUUGUUAAAACUUUACUGGAGUUUGGCUGUCAUCCUAGUCUUCAGGACUCUGAAGGUGAUACUCCCCUCCAUGAUGCUAUAAGCAAAAAACGGGAUGAUAUCCUAGCUGUGUUGUUAGAAGCUGGAGCGGAUGUUACCAUUACCAAUAACAAUGGAUUUAAUGCCCUUCAUCAUGCGGCUCUAAGAGGAAAUCCCAGCGCUAUGCGUGUCCUACUUUCUAAAUUACCUCGUCCAUGGAUAGUCGAUGAGAAGAAGGAUGAUGGAUACACUGCAUUGCACCUGGCAGCACUCAAUAAUCAUGUUGAAGUUGCUGAAUUGCUAGUUCAUCAGGGUAGUGCAAACUUGGACAUUCAAAAUGUAAACCAGCAGACGGCUCUUCAUUUAGCUGUUGAACGUCAACAUACACAGAUCGUCAGGUUGUUGGUACGUGCUGAAGCAAAUCUGGAUAUCCAAGAUAAGGACGGUGAUACUCCUCUGCAUGAAGCCCUUAGACACCAUACAUUGUCUCAGCUGCGACAACUUCAAGACAUGCAGGAUGUUGGCAAGGUGGACACUACAUGGGAGCCCUCAAAGAACACCCUUAUUAUGGGUCUUGGAACGCAAGGGGCUGAGAAGAAAAGUGCUGCCUCUAUUGCUUGCUUUCUGGCAGCAAAUGGAGCAGAUCUAACCAUUCGUAACAAAAAAGGCCAGUCUCCGCUUGAUCUCUGUCCAGAUCCCAGCCUGUGCAAAGCCCUGGCUAAAUGCCACAAGGAAAAAUCUAGUGGUCAAGUUGGAUCUCACAGCCCAUCUAUGAUUAACAAUGAUUCUGAGACUCUAGAGGAGUGCAUGGUGUGUUCCGACAUGAAGAGAGAUACACUUUUUGGCCCUUGUGGGCAUAUUGCAACCUGCUCUUUAUGCUCCACACGGGUAAAAAAAUGUCUUAUAUGCAAAGAUCAAGUACAGUCUAGAACAAAGAUUGAAGAAUGUGUUGUAUGUUCAGACAAGAAAGCAGCCGUGCUCUUUCAACCAUGUGGACAUAUGUGUGCCUGUGAAAAUUGUGCAAGUCUUAUGAAAAAGUGUGUUCAGUGUCGUGCUUUAGUUGAACGGAGAGUGCCUUUUGUUAUGUGCUGUAGUGGGAAAGGAGGAGAAGAUGUCGCAGAUGACGUGGCAGGCACUAACAUUCCAGCUUUACAGAAGGACAAGGACAACACCAAUGUCAAUGCAGAUGUGCAGAAACUACAGCAGCAAUUGCAAGAUAUUAAAGAACAGACCAUGUGUCCUGUGUGUCUGGAUCGGCUGAAGAAUAUGAUCUUCAUGUGUGGACAUGGAACUUGCCAACUCUGUGGAGACAGGAUGAACGAAUGUCCCAUUUGUCGGAAGACGAUAGAACGAAGAAUCUUAUUGUACUAGAUUCCUCAUUAUAUUUUAUAUACUUUUCAAGCUGCUUCAUUUUUAGUAGUGCGGAUGGGUUGGCUUCCAUGCUACGUUCGCUGUUAAUUUGCUGAAAAUUAUGUGCAAAAGAUUGGCUUUAAAAUGUGUAUUAGAUCCUGCCACUGGUCUUUUACAAAAUCUCAGCAUACAGCUAUCUUUGUUGUUAGUACUUCUGUGUGUCUUCUUACUUUGUGUUGUCUAAAAUUUGAAAACACAAAGAAAUUCUUGUCUGAUGUUUGUGAGCUUUAAAAUGAUCGGUGGUGCGGUCAAAUCCACAUUUUCUGUUUUGUUUUUAUGCAAGAUAUAUUUAUUUUCUUUCAUUUUUUUUAUUUUAUUGUUUUUUUUUAAUUGGCAAAGUUAGUCUUGUGCAGGGGGAUAUGUGCAGCCUGUGUCAGCAAAUGGCCAUGCUUUCUAGUAGGCCUGCAAGUGUGACUUGGCCUGGAGAUUCCUUUUUGCCGUAUUAGACUUUCUAUUUUUUACUUUUGUUUUCAGAUUGAGUAAUGGAAUGUCUUUUAUUCAUUUGCAGAUACAGUAUGUCAGAGGUUGAGCUCCCAAAGGCAGAACAAAGAAGCUAACUCAAUAACUUUUAGAACACUAUGAAUGUAGAACUAUCCCAAGCCAUGUUUCUCAAAAAACUAAAACCAAUAGGCCACUCCCAUCGCUAAGUGCAGAAAAUAAAGACAUUUUUACAAUGUAUCACUUAUUGCUACCACAAUGUAAGCUGGGCUUUGCUGUCCUGUUUUAUAGAACUACCAUUUUCUUCUACCCUCUUAGAUAGA